AUGGUUUCCAUCUCGCCAACUGCGGACGAUGUUGUAUUUGCACAGCCUUCAGUCCGUACCAUUGUCCGUAUUAUCAAAGCAUUCUGUCGAUGGUUACGACAUGUUGCUGGUCGACUUCCUGGAGAGUACACAGUCGCCAAACUCGACGCUUUUGAUCGCUUUCGACGCGAAACGAGUAUGUUUCAGAUCGUUGCACUACUGAUACUGACGCCAAUACCCUGUAUUCUCACCAAUAUUCUCGUUGAGAGUAUCCCACUCAAGAACCCAGCUGACGGAUCACAAGAUUGUUUGACUUUUUUGUUACGUAAUUUCUUGAGUGCAACGAUUGUUACAAUGACCCCGUUCCGGAUCAAACCCGAUUGUAUAUCAAAUUUGACGAUCCAGUCGUGGAAACUAUCUCUUGGGUUUGGUAUUAUACUGGGCGCAAUUUCGACUGGAUUCAUAGCUGCUCUUGUCUUCCUCUCUAAGGUGUUUCCAGUCCCGUUAUCGCAGUUUUCUCCGAUUCUCCCGAUGGGGAUCGUGGGAAGAAUUAUCGAGUCUCGACUUCUUCACAAACCCGAGGUUAAACCACGACUGGAGACAAUCGACCAAUGGCUGGCGAUGGUUGUAGCUCCUAUUCUGGUGUACCCGAUCUUCACAGCGGUGUUCAUGGCGUUAGCACCGAGCCAUCAAUUGUGGUUUUCCCUCAUGUUACCAGUGAUUAAACACCUUAUACGAUAUGCCCUUUGGCUUGGAGCAAAGAACGAUCUGGAUCUCGUGGGCUCUGUUACGUCAAUGCGCUACGCUACGUUACUGUUAGCUUCUCUAGCGCUCCAGCACGAUCUCAAUACGCCGUCUGCCGCUAUUUCCAAACCGCUUGUUCAGAGAGACACUCCACCUCUGCGACUGCUAAGAAGCGACACGCCAUCAGAUGAAGAAGAGAGGAAGGCUAUCAACCUUCCUGGCAUCAAUAAACUCACAGACGCAGCAAAAUGGACAACGACAAAGAUUUCUGAUAAAACAAUGCUCGGAGUAAUGCGAUUCAAGGGCAAAACUGCGGACGAGGCCUUCUUACUGCUGAAACUUGAUCAGGCUGGUGAUAAGCUCCUUGAGAGCAAAGAGUUCGGCAUGUGGGUCAGUUAUAUGACCAAAAUCAACAAGAAACACCCCAAGACUGCUAUGGUGACAACGUUGACGGCUCGCUACGGCGACGAAGGCCUGGCAAAGAUGCUGGAAGCUGGCAGAUGGGUGGAAGCCACAAGUAAAAUCGCGGGCAAGCUGCAAAUUGCCCAGAUGAAAGGUUGGCUGCAAAACAAGAAAUCUAUGGACGAUGUAUUCAAGAUCCUGACACUGGACAAGGGUGUGGAUAAUAUCCUUACGAACCAGAAUUUAAAUGCUCUGGGAACCUAUGUCAACUUAUACAACAAAAAAUAUCCUGGGCAGGAAACGAGCGUCAUCAAGGAAUUGAUGGUAUUUCACGGAGACGAAGCUGUAUCCAAGAUGCUCGAGGCGGCGAAGAAGGUACCCGAGACACACACACUGGCGAAGGCGUUGCAGACCGCGCAAUUUAAACUUUGGUUCGUAGAAGGAGCGAAACCUUUUCAAAUCUGGAAAAUGCUCAACAUGAAGAAAGAAACGUGGAUGAUGAACCCGGAUGCGCAGGUUUGGCGCGGGUAUCUCGAGUAUUACAAGCUACAAAAAGCAGCGAACGUGCCCAAGUAGUAUUGAUCUGGAAAAGUCUCGACACCCAAUAGAGAUACGUGCAUUAUUGGCAAUCAUCACUCCUGCUGCAGCCAUACCAUGUUCCGAGGGAGGUCGCGUUGAUAGUUUGAGUAGACAUGUAUGAACCCCAGGCAUCGCUGUCAGUAUCGUCGUUGGGAGGUAGUUUGAAUCUGGAAGUGAUGAGAGCUUCUGAAUCCUGUCGCUGGAUCGAAAGGAUUUUUUCUUGGGUCGUACUCAGGCAUGACCUGGAUUUAGGUCGUAGUUUACUUAAACCUAAAAUCAGACCUGGCGGAACAACCCGAUAUUCGCUUCAUUGGCCAGUGUUAGCUAUGC